CUCUUAUGAAAACUGAUCGGCAGUAUGUGGACAUUUUUUUUUUCCCUUAAAAAGAGAAAAAAUAUAAAAAAUAUCCUUUUGAAGUUGAAAAAAAUCUGUCUCACCAACUUCAUCGCCUACAACAGUACAAUGGUUCUGCUUUCUUCUUCAGUCUCAGGCAAAAUCACUUCACUCUGUAUAUCCUCUCCAUCUCUCUCUCUCACGAGAACUCAUGCCAAACGUUCGCCGUUCCUUGCCUCCUUGAACGCUUCUUCAUCUCCAGAAUCGAUGUCGGCUCCAAAAGCUGAAACUUUCAGCGUCUCCACCAAAGGAUCGUCUCAAAACGCGGCCUUCGCUUCGACCUCGAAUGCCCCUGAACUGCCUUACUCUUCUGAUUUGUCAAAUCCAAACGGAAACCUCUUCGUGCGGUUCGUACAGUCUACCGAGUCCACCAUCGAGAGAGUCAUAUUUGAUUUUCGUUUUUUGGCACUUCUGGCAAUUGGGGGUUCACUAGCUGGUUCUUUGCUGUGCUUUCUUAAUGGAUGUGUUUACAUAUUUGAUGCAUAUAAAGUAUAUUGGUCAAGCUGUGUCAAAGGAAUUCAUACCGGGAAGAUGGUUCUUCGACUGGUUGAAGCUAUUGAUGUAUAUCUUGCUGGGACUGUCAUGUUAAUAUUUGGCAUGGGCUUGUACGGAUUGUUUAUUUCAAAUGUGCCUCCCAAUGAGAGACCAAAGUGGAUGAAGAUCAGUUCAUUGGAUGAGCUAAAGACAAAAGUGGGACACGUUAUUGUGAUGAUCCUUCUUGUAAAGAUGUUUGAGAGGAGCAAAAUGGUGACAAUAACGACAGGUCUGGACUUAUUGAGCUAUUCGAUUUGUAUAUUCUUGUCCUCGGCUUCCUUGUACAUUCUACACAACCUGCACAAAUCGGAAUCAGAUUAGGAUCACACAUCAAGUGACUUUCGGUUUGCACAUUGAGAUGAAAGUGUGUGUAUAUAUGUAGUUAUGAACUCGUGGUUUUGAUGUUUUUGUCUCUAUUGUGUAGUCAAAAUGGUUUUUAUGUGUACCGUAAUUUACAGUGGGGCGUCUCGUCUCACGGCAUUUGUACACUUCAGAAAUCUUUAUAUAUAUAUAUAUAUAUAUAGAAGUGCGCUCAAAUGAGAAUGAAUCACAGUGAAAGAAAUGAGAAUAAAUUUGGACCAUUUGAUUAAUCAUAUUAAUGGUUGUGAUGAAGUCAAACUAUGGUCAAUCAUUAAUGACAACUUGAUAAUUAUUUAAUCAUAUUGUGGUCAAAUAUGUGCAUUUGACCAAUAAUUAAGGGUAAGAUAGUAUAUACCUAUAUAUCACAUG